ACCGGCUCCGUUAUGGCGUGGAGAAGCUGCUCUGUGCUUCUCAGACUGACCGGGGAGGAGGUUUCACGGAGCUCCGUGAGGGGAGGCAGCAGGUGGCCUUACAGUUUCCAGCAGAGAUGCAGCUUUAGAAAAGCUGCUAGGAAACCAGAAACCAAGAAACUGGAGGAGGAGCCGGGACCCCCCCACAUUGAGUCCUCUGAGCCCACGGUCCAGCGGCGGACCUCCACCCCCCACAUAGCCCAUCAGACUCCCCAUGGCUCCCCACGAGCCUUCAGCCGGCUUCUCAAACCGUUUGUCUUCACCGUAGGGUUUACAGGCUGCUCCUUCGGCUCAGCGGCCAUCUGGCAGUACGAGUCCCUCAAGUCCCGAGUGCAGAGCUACUUUGAUGAGAUCAGAGCUGAUUGGCUGGAGAAGCUGCGGCCGCAGAAACGGGGUGACGUCCGCAAAGAGAUCAACCAAUGGUGGAACAGCUUGAGUGAGGGUCAGAGGACUGUCAUAGGGAUCAUUGCUGCUAACGCCAUUGUGUUCUGCUGCUGGAGGAUACCAUCACUGCAGCGCUCCAUGAUCAAAUACUUCACAGCGGACCCCGCCUCCAAGACCCUGUGCUCUCCAAUGCUCCUCUCUUCCUUCAGCCACUUCUCCUUCUUCCACAUGGCCGCCAACAUGUACGUCCUCUGGAGCUUCUCCAGCAGCGCCGUCUCCAUGCUGGGCAGGGAACAGUUCAUGGCCGUCUACCUGUCCGCAGGGGUCAUCUCUUCGUUUGUCAGUUACGUGUGUAAAAUGGCCACGGGGAGGUUCGGUCCGUCUCUGGGAGCCUCCGGCGCCAUCAUGACCAUCCUCGCUGCUGUCUGCACAAAAAUGCCCGAAGCAAAACUAGGCAUCAUCUUCCUCCCCAUGUUCACCUUCACCGCCAGCAAUGCGCUGAAGGCCAUUGUUGCCAUGGAUACCGCAGGCCUGGUGCUGGGAUGGAAGUUCUUUGACCACGCUGCUCAUUUAGGAGGAGCCUUGUUUGGAAUUUGGUACGUCCUCUUUGGUCAUGAGUUGAUCUGGAAAAAUCGAGAACCUUUUGUAAAACUUUGGCACGACCUGAGGACAGGAGGAGGGCCAGGCAGGGGAGGUAACGGAGGAGGAGCCGUGUAGGACCCUUAACCGCUGGGGCUGAUGGGAAAAAACUACUCUGUAGAGAUGUAUAAAAUGUACAGAGGUGCAGAGAACUGAAAGAAGCUGCACUGCUCAUCUUCCUCGGGACCUGAGGAGGUGGAUCAGAAUUCAUAAUACCUGUUAAUAUUUAUAAAAAUGAGAAUGAAUGAGUUAAAAGUUGGUUGUUUUGUCUGCUUUUGUUCACGUUUUACUUUCCAGGAGGAUGUCUUCACUUUUUCAUGGAAAUUAAAACUUUUAUUAUUUGAUUGUGCUUCAGUUCAAUGCUGAGUCAAUAAAAAGUCCAAAAUAAUUUCUUAAAAGGCAACAUUUUUUAAAUAAAACACUAAAUAACUCAAAAUUACUAAAAGCUUCAGUGGUAGAUUACUUAAGUCAGUAGCAGUGAGCAAUGGCUGCAGCCUCCUGAGGAAUCUGGAGUAGAAGAUGCUCUUUAAUACCUGAUUAUUCAUCUUAAAGCUGGCUGCAUCCUGCAUACCAGUGAGACCAGUGUGUGUCAACUGUCAGGCCUAAUGUGACUGAAAAUUACCAGAUUGGUUGUGAAUUUCUAGCAGCAGACAACAGACUGAGAGCUAGAUUAACGUAUUAUAUCUAAUAGAUGCUCAAACUCCAUACUGUGCCACCAAAAGACCAAAGCAGCUGCAGAGAAACUGGACUUUAAAGUUGGGAUUAUUUUAAUAUUAGUCACAGUCAAGCUGCUUAGCACAUAAAAUGUACUUUUCCUACAGUAGCUAUAAAAAUAUAAAUGAAUGAUUUAUACUACUUUCAUUGGUGUAUUUUUUACCUACAACUAACCUAAUCAUUGAUAUCAAAUAUCAAUUUUUAAUGACUUUAACCCUUUGGAAGCUAUGUUUUUGUCAUGAUGCCACCAUGUUUUUUCCAAUGAAAAAAAAUAAAUUAUUUUUAAUGUCCUACA